CAACCAUGCUAAAACGAAGGGGGACCAUUUUGCCUAAAUCACAUUGAAUUGCCAGUUGCUGCUAGGGAUAUGUUUGUAAUGGUCUUUACUGACAUACAAUGUGGCUAUGUUCUGUUGUUGCUGUAGCCCCAAUGCCCGAGGACAGUGACCAGUACUACGGGUUCAACCAGUUUGCUAUCCAGUUGAAUGGGUUUGAGGAGGGAAUGAGGGACAAACUGCCUCCGACAGACUCCAGAUACAGACCUGACCAGAGGUUAUUAGAGGAGGGCUACAUUGAACAGGCUGAACAAGAAAAACACAGAGUGGAGCAGAUACAGAGGCAAGCGAGGGCUGAGAGGGAGAGACUGGGGAAGGAUUGGUCUCCGACAUUCUUCAGGAAGGAGAUGAGGAAGGGGGAGGAGUGUUGGGUGUCUCGUGGCAACUACUGGUCUCACCGGGGGACUGGGUUUACAGAUCUCUCUCUACCCACUCUGUGGUAAAGCUCCUACAUGAGCUGUACCUAUCAACUUAUGGCUUUUCAUUCAUUCACUUUUCGUUAUUGCCACCACUUCUGAGAAUACCUGCUUUUCUACAUGCAUCUCGCAUUUUUGACCUGCCCUCUGAUGUCCGCCGUAAAUGUGGUAGAUCAUUCAUUGAAAUGAC